AACCGGAGGGAACAAAGCCGGACCUAGGUAGCGGCGGCGACACCGGCUGCGAUGGUGUCCAACCCCGUGCAUGGCCUGCCCUUUCUCCCGGGCACGUCUUUUCCGGACCCCACGAAAACAGCUUUCCAUAGAAGCCAGACACUGGGCUACAGGAAUGGCUAUGCAGUCACUCGACGUCCAACAGUUGGAAUAGGCGGGGACCGGCUCCAGGUCAACCAGCUGUCCCAGGCUGACCUGGACGAGUUGGCCAAAAAGGCACCAAUUCUAACUUAUGGCCAACCUAAGCAGGCCCCACCUCCAGAUUUUAUUCCUGCGCAUGUGGCUUUUGACAAAAAGGUUCUGAAAUUUGAUGCUUAUUUUCAAGAAACUGUUCCUGUAUCAACUGAGGAACAUUAUAGGAUUCGUCAAGUGAACAUUUACUACUAUCUAGAAGAUGACAGUAUGUCUGUUAUAGAGCCUGUUGUAGAAAACUCUGGGAUCCCUCAAGGCAAGUUAAUCAAACGCCAGCGGCUAGCCAAGAAUGACCAAGGAGAUCAUUACCACUGGAAAGACCUAAAUAGAGGAAUAAACAUCACAAUUUAUGGCAAAACUUUCCGCAUUGUUGACUGUGACCAGUUCACACAGGUAUUUUUGGAAAGUCAAGGAAUUGAAUUAAAUCCACCAGAGAAGAUGGCUCUUGAUCCUUACACUGAACUCCGGAAACAGCCUCUUCGUAAGUAUGUUACUCCAUCGGACUUUGAUCAACUCAAGCAGUUUCUCACCUUUGACAAACAAGUUCUUCGAUUCUAUGCAAUCUGGGAUGAUACAGACAGUAUGUUUGGUGAAUGUCGAACCUACAUUAUCCAUUACUAUCUUAUGGAUGAUACAGUGGAAAUUCGAGAGGUCCAUGAACGGAAUGAUGGACGAGAUCCCUUCCCACUCCUGAUGAACCGGCAGCGCAUGCCCAAGGUUUUGGUGGAGAAUGCAAAGAACUUCCCUCAGUGUGUGCUAGAAAUCUCUGAUCAAGAAGUGCUGGAAUGGUAUACUGCCAAAGACUUCAUUGUUGGGAAACCACUCACUAUUCUUGGGAGAACUUUCUUCAUUUAUGAUUGUGAUCCAUUUACUCGACAGUUUUACAAAGAGAAGUUUGGAAUCUCUGAUUUACCACGUAUAGAUGUGAGCAAGCCAGAACCACCUCCUGUAAAACAGGAAUUGCCUCCGUAUAACGGUUAUGGACAAGUUGAAGAUUCUGCCCAGAAUUGCUUUGCUCUCAUUCCAAAAGCUCCAAAAAAAGAUAUUAUUAAAAUGCUGGUGAAUGAUAGGAAGGUUCUUCGUUAUUUGGCUAAACUGGAAUCCCCCAUCAAACAAGACAAAGACCGCCGAUUUGUUUUCUCUUACUUCCUAGCUACUGAUAUGAUCAGUAUCUUUGAACCUCCUGUUCGCAAUUCUGGUAUCAUUGGGGGAAAGUACCUUGGAAGGACUAAGGUUGUUAAACCUUGUUCUACCGCAGACAACCCCAUCUACUAUGGCCCUGCUGACUUCUUCAUUGGUGCUGUGAUUGAAGUGUUUGGCCACCGGUUUAUCAUCCUUGAUACAGACGAGUAUGUUUUGAAAUACAUGGAGAGCAAUGCUGCCCAGUAUUCCCCAGAAGCCCUGUCAUCAAUUCAGAGCCGUGUCCGAAAACAAGAGCCUUCUGCUCCAGAGCUGGGAAACAAGCCAACUAAAGAGGACCCAGGCGUGCAGGAACUGGAAACAUUAAUAGACACAAUCCAGAAGCAUCUGAAAGACCUUUCAUGCAAAGACAGAAUUUGUGAGGCAUUUCAAAUGUAUGACAAUGAAGCUUCAGGAUAUGUGGACAGAGAGAGGUUCUUUAAAAUCUGUGAAUCUUUUAAUGUCCCAAUUGAUGACUCCUUGGUUAAGGAGUUAAUCAGGAUAUGCUCUCACGGAGAAGACAAGAUUGAUUACUAUAACUUUGUGCGGGCUUUCUCAAACUGACCUGGCUGAUGAGAUGAUGCAGUACAACUUUUGGAUGUUAGACCUACACUGUGAAAUGUAUCUUGUACUCUUCAAAAGGGCAUUUACAGAGUUCCUGAAGUCGUAUUUCUUUUCUGGUUCUUACAAUUCACUGCUACUGAAGUCUAAAUUAAAUGAGAUCUUAAUAGGAUCUAAGAUUAAUGCCUUAUUUGGAGUGGUAUAUAUUGUGAUGGGUAAUUUUAAGUGCCAACUCCAUGAGGCCACAGAGUGUACAGCUAUUUCAUCAAAACAUAGUUCUGGGUGUUUCUGGCGAGAUUAACAUCUGAAUCAGUAGACUAAGUAGAUUGCCUUCCCUAAUAUAGGUGGCUCUCAUCUAAUCAUUUGAAGGCCUGAAUAGAAUAAAAGGCUGACCCUCUCCCAAGUAAGAGAACUCCUGCCUGAUGGCCUUAAAACUGCAACAUGGACCUUUUCUUGCCUUCGGAUUCAAACUGAGACAACAGAGCUUACUGGCUUUCAGACUGAAGCAACUCUAUCAGCUCUUCUGGCUCUCAGGCCUUCCGACUUGGACUGGAAUUACACCCCCGCUCUCCUGGGUCUCCAUCUCCCUAACUUACCCUGCUGAUGUCAGGACUUAUCAGCCUCCAUAAUCACAUGAGCCAGACCUUUUCUCUCUGCACACAUGUGCGUACACUCACACCAGGUUAUUCUGUUUCUCUGGGGAACCCCAACUAAUAUGGAUGUAAAAUGAUAAAGAGCAGGAGGAAUUAUAGAUUUGCUAG